AUGGAUAGGUGGGGUGUUCAUCAUCGACAGCCAUUCAUUGGUUGGCAUGGGAGAAAUGAGAGUUCUUUUCGUGAUGUUACUACCAAGGAUGAGGAAUCAGACAAUGACGAAGAAGAAGUCAUUAUUAAAAAUGAGCCUGUCUUUUUUCCUGAAUUUAGGAAAAGGAAGCGCCUCAGCCUCAGUCAGCUUAGAGAGGUGAAAGAGGAGUCGUGUGAGAAGCUUAGUCAGCUUAGAGAGGUGAAAGAGGAGUCUUGUGGGAAGAUUAGUCAGCUUAGAGAGGUGAAAGAAGAGUAUUAUGGGAUGGAAAGCAGUAGCAAGAAUAAGAGAAAGAAGCAUGAUAAUAAGGAAAGAUGGUCAAGCGAGAGGUACAAGUUGGCUGAGCAAAGCAUGUGGGAGGUGUUGAAGGCAGAGGGCGCGACUUUUGAAAGCCCAAUAACCCGAUCUGCACUAAGAUUGUCUGCGCGUAAAUUCAUUGGUGAUACUGGACUUCUAGACCAUUUGUUGAAGCACAUUGAUGGUAAAGUGGCACCUGGAGGGACUGAUCGGUUCCGAAGAUGGUUCAACACCGACGGAGUCAUGGAGUAUUGGUUGGAGAGUGCUGAUUUGGAUGGUGUCCGGCAGGAGGCUGGGGUACAUGACCCCUACUGGAUACCUCCAUCCUCUGUUAGGGCAAUCCCUGCCCCUUGCCAGAAUUCUGAUUCUUCCGAUGAGUUGAAACAACUUAAAUUGGAAAUGGCCCAAAUGAAGAAAGAUAUGCAGGAGCUUGUUGCUGAGAAGAAAAAGAAAAAUGAAAGUAACAUGAUGAAGGAGACUUUCAAAGAACUUGUAAAGUGGAAAGCUAUAACUGACCAUCGCCUAACUGAAAUCAUGGCUUCUUUGAAGAAUUUGCAGGGCAAGCAUGGUGAAAUGGUGACUUGGAAAACUGAAGUGGAGCAACAUCUUAUGGACAUAACAAAUAAAUUGAAUGAACUUCAAGCACCAAGAGAAUGCACUACUUUUAGCCCUCCUUCAGAGAAAUGGAAAGAUUGGUUAGAAGCCACUAACCCAUGCAAUACUCAGGAGGAUGCAUUGGCAACUUGGAUCGGGAGCUCAGAGCUACUUAAUGUUCCACAAGAGUGUUUACUUGAAUAUCCCUACACAGGCAUGCCAACUCAGCCAUUCAAUGAAGAACCCACUAACAAUAAGAGUGAUGCGGAGGAGCUAAUGCCCACAAUGCAAGAUGAUCAACCCAAUGUCACCCCAGAUUCUUCUACAACAGUUAAUUCAAAGGCUGACAUCGACAACUCAUUGAUAAUGUUUCAGGAGAUGUUUAUGGAUUUAUUCAAAUGGAAAGAAAAAAUGGAGCAGCAGCUGCUGGAUGUAUCAAACACUGUAUAUGGCAUGCUAGCGAUGAAGUAG